UUUUCCUCCUCCUUUUAUCAAGCCCAUCACGAAGACGCUUGACUUGGGAGCACAGUUGAAGGAGUGUGAAGCGAGCAGCAGAAAGGAGAAGUUGUCGGGAGCCAUGCAAAGAUACAAAAGCUACUUGAUCAACUAGAAAGAUUUUCUUUCUGUAGGAGUUGACAGGAGUGGUCGAGAGGCGAUUCUGCAGGGACAAGAUAGUGAGGCGCAAAGAGGGUUUGGACGGUUCGAAAACCCAACGGGAUUAAAGAGGAGUGUUGAGAAGCUGCCAGCAGCAAGCAGACGAGGAUGGCAAACUCCGGCCUCCAGCUCUUGGGUUACUUCCUGGCCUUGGGUGGCUGGAUGGGCAUCAUCGCCACCACUGCCUUGCCCCAGUGGAAGCAAUCAUCAUACGUUGGUGAUGCCAUCAUCACAGCUGUGGGUCUGUACGAGGGGCUGUGGAUGAGUUGUGCUUCGCAGAGCACAGGACAGGUCCAGUGCAAGAUCUUUGACUCCAUGCUUUCUCUUGACAUCCACAUCCAGACAUGCCGUGCCCUGAUGGUGUUGUCGGUGCUGCUUGGCUUGAUUGGCAUCAUCAUCAGCGUGGUGGGCAUGAAGUGCACCAAGGUGGGAGAUAACAACCCUGCUAUCAAGACGCGUAUCGUAGUCACGGGAGGAGCUCUCUUCCUUCUUGCAGGUCUGUGUACACUGGUUUCCGUUUCCUGGUAUGCAACUCAGGUGUCCUAUCAGUUCUUCAACCCAAAUACCCCAGCCAAUGCCAGGUAUGAGUUUGGCUCCGCCCUCUUUGUGGGCUGGGCAGCAGCCAGUUUGACGGUACUCGGUGGUUCUUUGCUGUGUUGCUCCUGCUCCAAAGAUGACCUGCAAGGCCAGCAGUAUUACCGCCAAUCACAGCCUUCCACAGCCAGGGAGGCAGAGUUGUUGAGUGAAACUAGUUUUCCUGACUGAUCGGCUUUUAAACAUGGAUUUUCCAACUGUCCGACUACUGAUUCUUCUUUUCCCUGUCGCCUUAUACCUACACGUUUCUGACAGCAAAUCUUUAUUUCUGUAUUUAAGAUGACUUUGAGAUAUCUGGAGUGGUUACAUUCUGCUUUUCGACAAAUGAGUCCUUCAAACAGAAUCUGUGACUGACUGGAAUCUCCUCAUGCAUGGAAACUUUGUCAUGUUCAUUUCCCUCAACUCUUAUGUUCAAAUGUUCAAGAAAUAUUCCAGCAGACAAAAGAUAUGAGGUCCAAUUAAUAAAAGUAUUUUUCAACUCCGCCUGUACCAUCCUUCAUGUGGUUGCCUUAUAAAACCUGUUUGUUGUAAAACAAAGUCUGAAGCCUUCUAGACCAGCAAACGCUGGUGCAAAUAUCUGUUAAAACAAGAAUCCAGAGCCAUUUCAACUCAAAUGAUGGUGAUUAUAACACAUGGAAGACAUCAGUGAUGUUUUUUGUAAAAAUACUACUAAUUAGGGGUGUCACAAGAUCUCGCGAUAUUAAAACUUUUUUGUUCCGAAAAAAACUGUCUCGCCAUAAUAAAUAAAUUAAUCACGCGAUAAAAUAACUUUUCUCUAUUUUCCAUAUGUUUCCAUAUGCAUGCGUGUCCAUUUUCCUCGUCUCUCGCCUCCAAACAGGCAGGAAGGAUUCGCUCUGUGCACUGGUUCAGCACUUACACGCUUCAUAGAACAACAGAGAACAGAGUGAGACCGCUUGUCAAUCAUACAAUCGCAUUGACUCUGUGAGGGACAAGGGGCGCUAGCAUACACACAUGGCAAAAGAGUGGAGCCUCAUCAGGAGAGACGAAUGCAAGGCAGAAGCUAGGAGGAAAAAAGAUACUUGCAAAGCCAAAUGCCAAAACCCCCCGUGUGGGAAUAUUAAUAAGCAAGGUGAGCCCAUCAACACGAACAGGCCAGUAUGUUGCAUUUGUUAAAAAAUGUUGGCAACACAAAAGGCAACACAACAAACUUACACACAUCAAACAUAACCACCCGACCCAGUUUUCCUCUCUGGGAAAAAGUACAUAUUGAGAUGCAGAGCCUUCGUUCUGACAGUCAGCACUCACUGAGACAUUUGGUCGGCAAAGUAAACAGCUCAAAAUGGUGUGCGUUCGCAGAAAGUCAUCACAAAAGAAAUGCUGCUCUUUAAUACACUCGAAAAGCCAGCAUUUCAAGAAAUGCUGCUGCUGACAGACAGUACGAAUUGGCUGUGAGAAAAUACAUCACAUCACAAACGCCAAUUCCACAGCUUUCCAGAGUGAAAGAAGACAUAUUAAAGAAAAUAUUUCAUCAUUACAAAAUACUGUUAUUUAUUAUUAUAACAGUGGUAUAUUUGGUCUCCAAAAAUGUUGACAAUAAUAUUGUUUAGUAUCAUUUUGUUAGACAAUAAACAUUUCAAAAUGCACCUGCAUUGUUUUGUUUGUCCAGUCAUAUUUUUUCAUCAUACUUUUGUUAAAAUUAAUGUUAAAAUCUUGUUAAAAUCUGUUAAAAUCUCGCGCAUCGUCUCAUCUCGUGAGUCGGGUGACUUGUGACACCCCUACUACUAACGAAUGUGAAAGAUGUGUGAUGCUUAUGAACUAAACCAUUUGAAAUGUAUUGUCAUAUGUUUGCGUACUUCAUUUUAAAUGUACAUUAAGUAAUAUUCUUAACUUGACACUUUUUCUGUACCACAAAUGUACUUUGAAUUGAACAAAGAACAUAUAUUGAUUGAAAACACCAACA